GGCAGAAGACGGGAAGUUCUGAAUUGAGAAGUUCGAUGGUACAGAUUCCAGUUGGUGGAAGAUGCAAAUUGAAGAUUUGCUGAUUCAGAAAGAUUUGGACGUGGUAUUGGGUGACAAGCCAGAAAAGAUGUCGGAUGCAGAUUGGGCAGGUUUGGAUCGGAAAGCAAUGUCCGUGAUCCGUCUCUCGUUAACCAAGAAUGUUGCGUUCAACAUUCUGAAGGAGAAGACAGCGAAGGGAAUCAUGGAAGCGCUGUCUAACAUGUACGAGAAGCCAUCUGCAGCUAACAAAGUUUUUCUGAUUAGAGAGCUGGUGAACACAAAAAUGAGAGAAGGCACUUCAGUUACCGAGCAUAUCAACAAGUUGAAUCCGAUCUUAGGCAGACUUGCGUCAGUGGGCAUUAAGUUCGAUGAUGAAGUUCAAGCUUUGCUACUGCUAUCGUCUUUGCCUGAUAGUUGGUCCGGAACGGUUACAGCGGUUACCGGUUCAGUGGGGCCUGAUGUAUUCACCUUUGAUCAGAUUCGAGAUCUCGUUCUUGGUGAGGAUGUCAGAAGAAAGAGUUCGGGGGAGUCAUCUGGUGAAUUGCUUCAUGUUGGUAGAGGCAGAAAAAAUAACAGAGGUAGUGGGAGCAGGAACAUACAAAGGAGUCAGUCGAAGACUCGUGACAGCUCAGGUGUAACGUGCUGGAAGUGCAAGGAGGUGGGGCAUUAUAGGAAUCAAUGCCCGAAUGACAAGAAAGUGAACAUUGCUGAAGGCUCCGCGAGUGAUGAAGAGGUCCUUCUUACUUGUUGUGCGGAGAGCAAUGUGGAUUCCUGGGUCAUGGAUUCUGGUGCUUCA